AUGCUAUUGGGAGAGGAGUCGGAAGUGGAAGCUAGAAAUAUCGAAAAGGAAAAGUCGAGAUCUGAGGGUAGACUCAUCAGAAAUGAAGAGCUCGUGCUCGUCGUUUUUCACGACAAUGGCAACAAUGCAAACCAGCUCGAUCAAAACCCAAGAUCGUUUUUCUUGGCCAGAAAUCCGACAAGAGGACAACAGCAAGAACAGCACAUAGGACAAGGCCGCCCACAUGUGGGGAAUGUUUUCAGGGGUUUCGGUAUAGAGACUAUUGCAGAGGUUUUCAAGGUGAGCGAGGAGACUGCAAGGAAGCUUCAGGGGAAAAACGAUGAGAGGGGCCAUAUUGUGACGGGUGAUGAGGGACUUCAGGUGAUUAGGCCACCGUCGGAGUACAGCCGCCGUGAAAGGGAGGAGGAGGAGAGGUACUAUGGCGGCCUGGAGAGAGUGUGA